AUGGAAGAGGUGCUGGAGGACAAGAAGGGAUACUAUGUGGUUAUGGAGAAGGUUGCUGGCCAGGACCUCUUUGAAACGAUGACUGGAAAAGGCUUGCUGCCCGUGGCGGAGGUGAAGGAAGUAAUUCGUCAGCUUCUGCAGGCGCUAGCUGAGCUUCAUGCUCGCAAUUGCAUCCACAAGGACCUCAAGCUGGAGAACGUUAUGUUUGACAGGACCCCGCCUGCGAACGCCAAAGCAGACUGGUCCUCGUUCAACUCCGGCGACCAAUCGCCAGUGAAGGUGAAGCUCAUCGACUUUGACACGGUGGAGACGGUACAGCCACAGACUCCCAAGAAAGCAAAGGAUGUGCUGGGCACAGAUCAGUACAUUGCCCAGGAGGCCUAUGACGGGAACUACUCGGCGGCCUCGGACAUUUUUGCUGUUGGCGUCAUUGGAUUUCGGCUCUUGACCGCGAAGUUCCCUUUCAGGCCAGAUAUCUUCGAUGAUGAGGCGGGCGACAACUGGGUUGGCUCUCCGAAAAUGAAGGAAAUCCGCCAGAAAUUGCAGAACUACAAGAUUGACUGGAACCAUCGCAUCUUUAGCAUGGAGCCGCAGGCCCGCGACCUCCUAAAGGCGAUGCUCGCCAGCAACGAGACCGCAAGACCGACAGCCAAGGAUGCGCUGAGCAACCCCUGGUUCAACGAGACACAGAGAAGGCGAUCACUCCCUAACCUGGAAGGUGGUAUGUCCCCAGCCAAGUCUGGCUCUGCCAAGGCAGUGGACCUUUUGCGAAUGGCGUCUGAUGGUGCCUGA